GACCUUUGGUAAGGUGGUGUGUCGACCCAACCACGGCGACUCGGCGAGCCAGAUCCGUUCGCCGGCUCUCUUCUCCGUGGUUCUGGUUAGCGGCGGGGGGCGACGCCCAAGCCCUACCUCCUGCUAACUCCGGCGACAAGGAGGUCUCGCGUCGUCAACUCCGGCGACACCCGCGCCGCUGACGGUUUUCUUAACAGGAGAAGAUUUUGGAGUGCUUAGCUGCUGGGUGUGAAGAUGCCUCCCCACAAGAUAGAAACUGGACAUCAGGAUGUGGUGCACGAUGUUGUCAUGGAUUACUACGGUAAGCGUGUCGCGACGGCCUCCUCCGACAACACCAUCAAGGUCAUCGGCGUCAGUGGCAACUCGCACCAGCUGCUCGCAACUCUCAGCGGGCACCAGGGGCCAGUCUGGCAGGUGGCGUGGGCUCAUCCCAAGUUCGGCUCCAUGCUCGCGUCCUGCGGGUACGAUAGCCGUGUCAUCAUCUGGAAAGAAGGCAACAAGCCCGAUGAGUGGGUUCAGGCGCAUACGUUCACUGAGCACAAUUCCUCUGUCAACUCCAUUGCGUGGGCGCCUCAUGAGCUUGGGCUGUGCUUAGCCUGUGGUUCGUCUGACGGGAACAUUUCAGUCUUCACGGCUCGCUCUGAUGGUGUCUGGGACACUUCGCGCAUUGACCAGGCGCAUCCAGUGGGGGUGACCUCCGUCUCCUGGGCUCCAGCCAUGGCCCCUGGUUCCCUGAUCACCACAGGACCUUCUGGCCAGUUUGAGUAUGUUCAGAAACUUGCAUCUGGAGGUUGUGAUAACACUGUCAAGGUAUGGAAGCUCACCAAUGGAAGUUGGAGGAUGGAUUGCUUCCCAGCUCUCCAGAUGCACAAGGACUGGGUGAGGGAUGUAGCCUGGGCUCCGAACCUUGGCCUUCCAAAAUCUACGAUCGCCAGUGCCUCUCAAGAUGGAACCGUUGUUAUCUGGACUGAGGCGAAGGAAGGCGAGCAAUGGGAAGGCAGGGUUCUGCAUGACUUUGAAGCCCCUGUGUGGAGGGUGUCGUGGUCGCUGACUGGGAACAUUCUGGCUGCUUCUGAUGGCAAUAACAAUGUGACCCUGUGGAAGGAAGCUGUUGAUGGUGAAUGGCAGCAAGUGACGGCUGUUGAGCCCUAGGCGGUCGGCAUGUUUGGCUUGCUGCUUAUCAUGAUUACUGUCUCAUUUUGCUGUAUGCUAGUUCAAACAUUUUUCUUUCUUUUGAAAUGAUAGAUCAAACAUUCGACUUGGGUAACAUCAGAGGACCAGCCCACUUCCCCUGUUUCUCUAAUACUCCUAUAACUUUGUCA